GCAGUCAGCAGGAAGCACCAAGGACGUCCUUUUUCUAGCCCCGGGAUUCCAGCUGGAGAUGCGAGGGAAGAGCAGUUCGAUUCUCCCCGUGCUGCCUGAGCCUGCUGCGGGAUAACUUCUCUCCGGAGGCUGCUGCCGCUGAAGCUCCGCGCCCCCCAUUCCUCGACCGCUGCGUGUCACAUAGUGAAGCCGGAUUUCGGAGCCUGUCGCCGGGACGGAGAUCUGACAACAAAGGACUUCCACUUUUCCUGCAACUAUUGAAUGUAACAUUGCUCGGAUAAAGAAGGCAGGGAAUUAAAAGCCAUCAUCAUGAAUUUCGUUAUGAAACAAGCGUUGGGAGGAGCCACCAAAGACAUGGGCAAGAUGCUCGGUGGGGAGGAGAAGGCGGAGGACCCGGACGCCCAGAAGAAGGAGGACGAAAGACAGGAGGCACUGAGGCAACAGGAGGAGGAGAGGAAGGCCAAAUAUGCAAAAAUGGAGUCAGAGAGAGAAAACAUCCGACAGGGCAUCAGAGACAAGUAUGGCAUCAAGAAGAAGGAGGAGAAGGAGGCCGAGGCGGCGGCUGCGAUGGAGCAGGCCUCCGAGGGCAGCCUCACCCGCCCCAAGAAGGCGGUGCCCACCGGCUGCGGCGACGAGGAGGAGGAGGAGAGCAUCGUGGACACGGUCAUGAAGUUCAUCCCGGCCCCGCUCAUGGAUAUGUUCAAUAAAAAGUAACAGUGUUUUGCUUGAAAUAUGAAUAACUUCUUACGACGAUUCAUUUAACCAACUCUGUACCCCCCCCCCCCCCCGCCCCCCCACGACCGAACCUGCAGUCACACUUUUCUUCAGCCCCCCCCCCCACACACACACACACCUCCUUCCCCAUUCAGCCAGACUUCUAAGUGUCCUGGGAUAUUACAACACGUCGUGACUUUGCCUUUGAGUUGAAGUAUCUAAUCUCGGAGGGUGGAACCUACUUUUGAAUCUCUCAUACAAAAAAUCUUUUAUUGAUAAUCGCAGAUUUUAAAAAGUACGUAACAGCCGAGCAGAUCCAGCGUCUUCACCUCGAGGCAAACUCAGUGUUCUCUAAAUGUCCAGCACUUAGAAGAAAACCAGAUAUCACCCGUCACCCUCCAUCAGUUUAGUUUGUAAAUAGACUCGGGUUAUAAAAAAAGAGAACUAUAUAUGAGUGAAAUAUGACGUAUAACAAGAUGACUAAGAGUAUAAGCCAUAUUUUUAACUUUUAAGAAAUUAUCCAAAUCAUAUCAAAAUUUGAUUGAAUUUUCCUGUUUUGUGUUUGCUAAUAUUUGAUACAUACGAUGUAUAUAAAUACAUUUCUAUUGGUUCUCCAUUGUGAGGAUUCACCCCAUAAGCUGUCAGUCAUGUUCUCAUUGGUUUACUGUGAACGUGUGCGAUGAGCACUGCUGAACAAACAUCUGGAAACAUCUGCAAAACCAGAAAGUGAAGGAAUUCCUAUUCAUUUAUUGAUUAAACUUAUUUUGAGCACACAGUAAACUGGUGAAGUGAAGUACACACAUGGAUACCAUUUGAUUUAUUAUGAAGAAGCUAAACACAUUGAUAUUUGAGGCAAUAACUGGUUUUCCAUUUGUAAUUGAACGACUUCUUGUCCAGCACGUCCAGUUGGUGAAAACUGACUCCGUGUCUGAAAUGUUCUUCCAUGGGGAAAACUAUAAAUAUGUUCUCCAUCGUUCUCCAGAGAUCGUCUCAAACCCGUCAGAUGAAAAUCUUUCUACAAAUUCACUCUUUCUAAAUGUUUGUGGUUUAAAAGUUCAGUUUUGUCCUCUGGCAGGUGUCGCUCACUCUGCUUCUGCAACAGGACGUUUGUGUUGACGUUUUCAUGAUUAUUUUGUAAAAGAAAAAAGAAACUUCACAAACACAACUACGUUGUGAACACACUAUGUGAACAGACAGUGACAAUAGUGCAAUAUAUUGUUCAGUAAAUGAGGUUGUCCUGUGUCCGUUGGUUUAACUGAUGGGAGUGAAGUCCUGAAUCAGCAAUAACAGACAAUCUUCAUUGUUGUGUGUUUUAACUUACCCCUUGAUGUGUUAGUGGAUGUGAAGGACACACACGCGUGUGUGCAUAGUGACGGUGACGUGUUUGUGGCUCCCACAUGUUGGAUCAUAACAGAGAAAAGGGAGAAGGCGGGACCGUUUGUUUCAUGUUGUCAAAGUUCAGUCACGUCACAGAACAGCGAGCGCAAAGCAGAUUUGUGUUUCAGACUCACAAACCCAGAGGGGAUCAAACUGCAGGUUUCCAGAGGCAGACAUUAACACAAACGUGCUCCAUGACCGUGAGACACAAACCGUCCACCUGUGGGCCGGCGUCCAGCUUGUCCCGCAGGUGGACACGUGUAAUGGCACAAAUCUAAAGGAGGGUCAUCGGAGGAUAAAGUCUACUUUCUCUCCACAGGCCUUGUUUCUCUCUCUCCUUCAUUCCACAGUGUCUUGUUGAAACAUUCCAGAUAUUUCAGACAUUCCACCAGACUUGAGCUGGAAACACACAAACUCGGAAAUCCUGUCGAUGUUAGCGUCCGAGUAGAAAAACAAUGAAGGAUGUAACAUUUGAUGUUGUGAAAAAUAGAAACUAGAGUGAAUCAAAUAUAUACACAGAGAUUCAUCACAUGAUUCAAAAGAGAAGAAAUCCCCCCCACUGAGUCAAAGCUAAAUGUGCUACACUAGCCGUGAUCAGUUUGCCUUGUGAUGAGUUUUGUUAUGAAACGUCUUUGUGAUUCGCACAGUACCUGUAAGUGUAUUUAAGGUUUUUCUAAACUCUUUUGCCACAUUCUGACUGUUUUUACUGAUAUAGACAAAAACAAAGUUACACUUAUCCAGACGAGGGAGGUUUAGCUUUUUGUUUCGGCCGCUUUGUGACCUCGGUAAUCACGAUGAGAAUAUAUUUAAAAAGACUUCCGGUGACUGUGUGUGGUAGGGUCGCCUGUAGAGCACGUUUACUGACCGUCCUGUGCUUUUAAUGAGCUGCCUUCGCUAGUUUAAACAGCGUGUUAGCACAUAGUUUGCAUUCGAGGAUUACGGACCGUUCAUCACCACCGUGCAUCAGAGCAUUAUCCAAUCAAACCAAAGAAUAGUGCUGGUAGACGUAGGCAAGUACCGUCGUUCUCAUUUCAUCUCUGCAUCGUGUGUUUAUUCUCAGGUAAUCGAGCUUUAAGUUGAAAUAGACGUUUGAACCGUAUUUAGGCAGUUUUUCCUUGAACCGUUGUGAUUCAUGAAUGUCGUAUCUUUAUCGUUUUGGUCCGAGAAUUCUCCAGAAAGCUACAAUUACUGCCCCUGUACAGGACUUUCAUCAGCGUGUGUGUUCAAGCGAGUCUUUUUUCCAAACCGGUGUGCGCUGAAAACCCCCCCCCGAUCAUCCUCCGCAUCCCGUUCAGCCACCGUCAACACAAACCCCCCCCCCCCCUUCAUCAUCACCUCGUAAACGCCAGUUGACCGCGUUCCAAACGGCUUCAGACACCACUGCCCCGUGACCGAUAGCGUGUCGUCUCAUAGAAGUCGCCCACUUCGGUUCGGAGUCACACGUUUGAUGUGAUUUAAAAAAAAAAAUUACAAAUAAUGAUACUGCCUGAAAAAAUACACCACUCUCGAUGUGACUUGAAUGUACCUGUCCGAUGUUUCUCUCUCUCUCUCUCUCUCUCUCUCUCUCUCCUUGCGUCCCUCUGUUCUCCGUUCUGUGCGUGUUGAGAAGAUUCUUUCGCGGGUGCAGUGAUUUUCUCCUUCUCGUCUGUAGCCGGUCUCGUUUCCGUCUGGUUUGGUAUUUUGAAAAAAAUAAAAAUAAACAAAAAAAAACACACACACACAAAAAAAAAUAAACAAUGUUGAUUUGGUGCAUUUUUUUCUACUGCGAAAUCUUCUCCUUCCCCCCCCCCCCCCCCCCCCUUGUCUCCCCUUCUCUGCCCCUCUCUCUAUCUUCCUAUUUGUUGACAAAAAUGUAUGCAUGCUUAUGGUGUGCGAUGUAGGCCAGGUUGUUGAUAUACUCGUUGCGUGUCCUCUGUGUGUUUUCCACCUGUUAGCCUCACUGCAUGCCAUUAGACAGAGAUUUCAGUCUGUAACUUUCCUGCAAAAAAUGGAAUCACCGAACACACUCUGAGAAUAAAGUGAUUUCAUAUAAUUUUUUCCAUCGUCCUCGUGUUUCCUGCAUUCAAAGACACUUCCUGGCUGCUGCUGCUGCCUCUGUGUGGAACAUAGAAGUUCUGGUAAAAACAUCUGGAAGCAGACGUGCAGUGUGUUUCUGGUUCGAGGAGGCCACUGGUGAGGCUGACCCUCGACCUGCAGUCGUGUCAAAACCUUGCAUGGCGCUCGUUACGGGAGUUAUGUGCAAAGACCUUGGAUGUAUAUAUAUCACAUGUGACUGUUUCUUUCAACAUCUCUUCAAUAAAAGCAAAAAGGGCUGUAAACAGAA